AUGGCGACAACCACCACCACCACGCGAUCAACACUCGCCGACCAGGUCCUGAAUCCACAGACAUACACCCCGACAUCCUUCACAUUCGACAACCACCUCAAAGGCACACUACCCACACUCGGCGCGCCCUCGAAAGUCACACGACCGAACUGUCAGGACUUCAUCGACUCCAAGGGCAAGUCGUGUCCAAGAGGUGUCACUUGUCCAUACCGUCACUAUCUUCCACAAGGCGAGCGCUCUGGCGUACCGCAUCUCAUCUGCAAGCACUACCAACGCGGCCUCUGCAAGAAAGCCGAAUCCUGCGAGUUCGCACACACCUUCAACCUCCGCGACGAACGCGAAUGCAAGGAAUUUUCCCGUUACGGCAUCUGCCCCAACGGCGACGACUGCACCUACCUCCACGUCCCACCCACCUCCGACCUCCGUCGCCCCGCCUGCCCACACUACGCCCGCGGCUUCUGCCCACUCGGACCCUACUGCAAUCUCCGCCACAUCAAGCACAAGAAGCUAUGUCCAUACUACUUGGCGGGCUUCUGUCCUAACGGGAGGAAGAACCCACCACUGGCGGAUCGAGUCGUGUGUUGCGAGCAUGGUGCCCAUGCGAGGUGGAUCAAGGAUGAGGAUUUGAAUCCGAAGAAGCCGGAGGUGAGGAAGGUGAAGGAUUCCGAGGUGGAGAAGGCGGAGCAGGAGGAGAGGGAGAAUGAGUUCUAUGCUGAGAUGGAGAGGAGCAGGGAGAGUUGGGAGCGUGGAGACAGGGGUGCUGGUAGAUGGAACUUCAGGAGUCGGGGCAGGCGAGGUGGUGGACAACGUAGGGAUGGGGGUCACGGAAGACCGAGGAACUAG